AUGUCGUAUUUCCUUCCUUCCUACUUCCAAAAGCGGUUGCUUCGUUAUGCCCUCACUCGCCUCGAUAUCAUCGACUCGGACGAAUUCAACCUCGAUAACCUGGGACUCACAUGGGGUCAACGAACCGUCGUCGAACUCAAAAAUGUAGGAAUCAAGGUCAAACGCCUGAUAGACAUCCUUCAACUCCCUCCCGCCUUUGUCCUGAGCCAUGCUUCCAUUAAGCUGCUCCGCCUCACACUUCCGGCAGACUUGCAUAUCAGCGGAAUCGAAGUUGAAGUCGACGGCGUGGAAGUAAUACUUGGAGUACGGCCAGAUAUCGCUGCGGGGCCCAGCGAGACAUCUCGUUCAAGAGGAGGACCCGUGCCCAGCACCACAGACCGAGCAAAUCUCCCUAGGUUAUCGUCGCCUUCCGUUCACGAUCCUGGCGGUCGUGGCUCGCAUGAUCGACAUGGAGGGCUUUUGGAAUUAUCCCAGGUCAUUCCCACAUCUGAAGAUUUGGCUGCCUCCUUCCUGGAUGCCGAGUCUCCCGGAGAAAAAGAUGAACUACAAGCGGCGUUGGAGUCACAAUCUCAAUACAUGCAUGAGUCGGUAUCGUCUGCCUCCGGCGAGGAUGUCGGACUCGGCAUGCCUGGAGGCUUAUCUCUACCUUCCUUUGUGGCCAAUUUCCUCAAAGGGGUGGCAGAUCGACUGUCCGUCAAGAUCAAGGAUGUGAAUGCCGUCUUGGAGAUGGACCUUUCUGCAUCUGCCGGGGUACCGGCAGAAAAUACAAAGUUCAUGUUGUCAAUAGGGGGUAUAGCGGUGGAGGCUUUAGCACAGGCUGGGGACUCCGAGUCUCGGCCAGAUACGAGAAGACCCAUCACGAUUGACGAGAUACAGCUAUUUAUCUUAUCCGAGACCGAAACGUUCUCAGAGUUCUCUGGCUUGAACUCGCCUAAGUUGGCCAGGUCACGUCCCAGACUUCCACACCCGGCCACCCGUCGUGACAGUAGUGAUCCCGGUCGUUCAAAUAGUGCCAGUCGAAGCCAGCAUUCCGAUCAUUCAAAGCUAUCGUCUCCUCCAUUGAGCAAUUCUGGUCUUGGUAUCGGGUACGAUGAUGCCCUGCUAUCCGACUCGGUAAUCUUUGCACAUCGGUCGACAAAUGUCUUGGAUAGACAGUAUUCAUCAGAUAGGUCGCGUUCAAUUGACGACAGGACACGCACAGAAGAAAUGCUGGAGUCGGGCCGGCAAGAGACCACUGAGGAGCUUGGCUCGGAAGGAAAACAAUUGGAAAACCUGAUGGAAUCUAAAGUGUUCACCCAUGACGAGGCUGAAAGCAUGUACAUGAGUGCGGUAAGUGGUCAUUCCGGAAUACCUGGUGGAUGGACAUGGUCCAACAACCCAGAGCUGGAAACCGAACGCGAAAACUCGGUGCCACGUGAAAAUGAUGCAGACCCUCCAGAGCAGGUGACCGACAACCUUAUCGAUACAGACGAGAACUUGGAAACGCCAAACAUGGAACAGGCACGGUCUCUUGAGAUAUCGAGCGGAGAAAGCGUUCUCGAUAGCAGUCUUGCCUCAUACUUCCGCACACGAAUACUUCGUCUAAACACUGCCAGCCUGAAAGUCCCACAACCACAUCGUGAUGGAACUCUAGCAGGGAGCCCAGGGCAGGCACCAUCACAGCGUCCGGUUCAAAUUCACCCAAAGCGUCCUGGCACAGAAAGAUUAUCGGGGAGCUCAUUUCUCAAUGACCCGCGCCUUCAAAAUCUGCGUUCUCCGGCAUCGAGUCGACCAGUCGAGCAUUCAGUUGAAAGCCUAAAUGUCGACAUCGGUGAACUAUCUGUCGAUCUCGAUGUCAUGGUAUGUAGGAUUUUGUUAAAGGCUGGCCAGACGGUGUCAGAAGCUCUCCCAUCUACCCCGGAAAAGCCGAAGAUGUCGACUUCGGCAGCUAAAAUUUCGACCUCGACUCCCGAGAUCAACAUCCAGAGAGUCGACGUCAAGAUCUGCGAAUCGGUGCCGAGAAGGCCACCAACAAAGGUGGCAGUUCAGACGAUUGAAUCCGUACUGGCGAACGAACAAGCUCUCUUAAAAUUGACGUUUUCCUCGGUCGUCUUGACGACGCUCCCGGGGCCGGAAAAGAAUCAGCGUCUGUCCAUCACUAAGAUGGUAAUGGCCCAUGGCGCCCAGGAAGUUCUUUCACUUGUGGACUCAAUCCAUGUACGAGAUUCGAUUACAACUAGCUCCAUGCUACGACCCCAUGAUGUGGUGGUGACCAUUUCCGGCAAUCGCUACGAUGUGCAGAUUAAACCUGUCCACGUCGGAUUGGACCUCCUGGUCAUCGACGAUGUACUAAGCAGAAGCGGAGGGUUGAGCUCCCUUUUGGAUUUGGGGAAUUCGAUCAUGUCCACAAACACGGUGAAAUGCCCGGCUCCCACACCCAAACCGGAACUUUCGAGACAAAGAACAGUCAGAUUCAAUGACCCUCAAAGGAGACCACGUGCAGAAAGCGAUCCCUUAUCCACUUGGACCAAGGUGGACGUUCGAAUUUCGGGUGCCAUUCUUGAUCUAAUGGGUUCUGAAUCAACAGUUCAGAUCAAGACUUCAGCAAUCAAAACAGUGUAUCGUGAAAACCAUGUCAAACUAGUCAUAGACGGUGCUGCCAUAGAGGGACCGCUUGUUAGGGGCUCCAAGUCUCGAGGAGAUAUCUAUGCCAAAGUCCGCAACAUUGAGCUUCACUAUUCGAACUCACCAGAUGACGACGAUCUGGACAGACUUCUAUCUCUGAUCACACCCUCUAGCGACAAGUAUGACCAGGACGACGACAUCAUGGUCGAUACCCUCUUGAGACAACGCCGCAAAGGUGGAGUGUUGCGGUUGACAGUUGGCGAUUUACAAGCCGGAGCCGCCGGUCUGCGGUGGGGUUCCCACUUAACAAAGGUCGCCGACGAGAUUUCAAAGCUUUCUUCGGUAGCCAAAUAUCUUCCCGAAGAUGACCGUCCAGGUAUACUCACCUUCGGUCUCGUCAAGAGGUUGGAUUUCCGGUUCGAUGUCGACCAAAAGUUUGGACCCGUUAGGGUCAAAGCUGACCUCCUCGAAGGAGCGCAUAUCAAUGUCCCUUCCCUUGCCGCCGCUCAGAUUGCUACCUGGACGCUCUCGAGAAGCGAUGACGAUGUCCUGAUCGGCGAAGUGAUUUCUCAAAGCAACGCAGUUAUGAGCCCUCCAAUGUUCAUGUGUCGCUUCAUCGCCGAUGAAAUGGAGCCCACAGUUCGAAUGAAGCUCUCAAAUACUUGCAUUGAAUACAAAAUCCCAACCCUUAUGGCCUUGAAUUCAUUAUUGGAGCGGAUCAAAGCCGAGGGGACUGUGAGCGGGCAAAGUCCACCCUUACAUCCUUCAAGCCCAUGCUCCUCAAGUGACAGUGGGGUUAAUGGCCUGGCAAGGAAGAUACGGUUUUCGCUGGUAUUCCGAGAUUCUGCUAUUGCACUCAACCCAGAGGAGAGCCCUGCGAAGGGUCUUUUCGUCUUAACUGACGCGGUAAUUCGGCACGAAAAUCAGAAACGCGGAUCGCAGGUGAACCUGGACAUCAAGAAGGCUUCGCUACUGAUAAUCAACGACUCGUCGACCAUCGGACCUGAAUCAGGCAACGUGGAUCACAAGCUCUAUUUCGAAGAAAAUGAUCAAGUGCAGCAACUGACCAAGGCCGGAUUUGUUCCUGUUGGUUCCAUGUCGUCUGCAUCCGCCAUUGUGAACGUCAUUGAAGACAAGGUCAACCAAGAGACUCACCUGGACAUUGAAUUCCGCAACAACCUCCUCUUUCUCGAGACCUGCGCUGAUUCAACCCAAACGAUGGUCCAGAUCCUCGGAGGCCUGGCCCCCCCGGCCCCCCCCUCGAAAGUCGCUAAAUACCGUACUGAGAUUGUUCCAAUCCAGGACAUGCUGGCAUCUUUCACAGGCAACGCGUUCGUGUCUGAGGCUGGACCGGACCUCGGGCUUCAAGCUUCGCACAGAACACUCGGCAGAGAAUAUUCAAAAGAUGAAGACGAGGAUGGGGAUGACGAAGACGAAAAUGAGCUCCUGGUCAAUAUGGACCCUGAUGCCGACGACGCCGAUGACGAAAUGACCGCAAGUCAUGUCGAGUCAGAUCUGGGUCGAUCUACUGUGUCUGAAUCGAUUCAUGUCGCUCCGGUCGAUGCCACGGGUUCCGACGCUGGUGACGUGAGCCAAAGCGUAAUGAUGCAUAGCCUCUUGGAUUUCAGAACCGAUCACUUCGCUCCUAAAUCAUCAGUGGGGGGGACUGCGCAUCGUUGGAAUUCGACUCAAAACACAUACGGCCUGGCAAGUGAUAUGGUCUUUGAGCGCUCUCCGGUGAAAGUGCGAAUUAGGGAUGUUCAUAUUAUCUGGAAUCUGUUUGAUGGAUACGACUGGCAAGGAACCAGGGACACGAUAUCGCAGGCUGUGAAAGAUAUUGAGGCGAAAGCCAUGGCACGACGUCCCCGAAGCAGCAGUCGAACGCCUGGAGCCGAAGACGAGGAUGGGUCUGUCAUCGGAGAUUUCUUGUUCAAUUCCAUUUACAUCGGAAUACCGGCAAACAAAGAUCCGCGGGAUUUGGCAAACGCGAUCAAUCACGAUAUUGACGACAUGGUCAGCGAGACUGGUAGCUACGCUACUGGAACUACGCUAACGGCCACGACAUCUCGCCGUCUGUCCGGACCGAUAUCGCGGCAGAAAAAGCUCAAACUCAAUCGAAGCAAGCACCACAAGAUAGCUUUCGAGCUAGAGGGGGUCUCAGCCGAUUUUGUGGCCUUUCCCCCCGGCAGUGGGGAGGUGGAGAGCUCGGUCGACAUCCGUGUCAAGAAGCUCGAGAUCUUUGAUCACAUUCCCACAUCAACUUGGAAAAAAUUUGCGACUUACAUGCAAGACGCGGGCGAACGGGAAGUUGGCACCAACAUGGUGCAUAUCGAGCUCCUGAACGUGAGACCCGUCGCAGAGCUCUCUGCCUCGGAGAUGGUGCUCAAAGUAACGGUCUUGCCACUGAGGCUGCAUGUGGAUCAAGAUGCGCUGGAUUUCAUGAGCCGAUUCUUUGAGUUCAAAGACCCGAACGCUCCCGGAUCGAAUGGUCCAUCCAAUCCGCCAUUCCUGCAACGAGUGGAGGUGAAUGCUGUUCAAGUGAAGCUCGAUUUCAAACCCAAGAGAGUCGAUUAUGCCGGCCUUCGCUCUGGACGUACCACCGAGUUUAUGAACUUCUUCGUUCUUGACCGGGCAGAUAUGGUUCUUCGCAGAGUCAUCUUGUACGGGGUGUCUGGAUUUGAUCGUCUGGGGAUCAUGCUCAACAAUAUCUGGAUGCCAGACGUCAAGCGCCAUCAGCUUCCGGGUGUCCUUGCUGGACUGGCACCCAUUCGGCCUCUGGUCGAUGUGAGCAGCGGGGUGCGAGAUCUCAUUGCCGUGCCCAUUCGUGAAUAUCGUAAGGACGGGAGACUCGUUCGGAGCAUCCAGAAAGGGGCGCUGGUGUUUGCUAAGACGACAGCCACCGAGUUGGUCAACCUGGGAGCGAAGAUGGCUAUUGGAACGCAGCAGGUGCUACAGAACACGGAGGACCUCUUCGUUCCUCGUGAACAAUAUGACGCGGCCGAGGACGAUGAUGGGGCUACCAAACAAAUUUCCCUCUACGCUGAUCAGCCAAUCGGAAUCAAGCAAGGUUUGAGGACCGCAUACGCGAGUCUGGAAAGAGAUUUGUUGAUUGCGCGGGAUGCUAUUGUGGCAGUUCCUGGGGAAGUGAUGGCGAGUGACAGCGCCAAGGGGGCGGCCAAAGCAAUCUUGAGACAGAGCCCGACAAUUAUUCUACGCCCAGCCAUUGGAGCCACGAAGGCCGUUGGGCAGACAUUGAUGGGCGCGGGCAACAUGCUGGACAAACAGAAUCUCAGGAGGAUCGAUGAGGUGAGUUUUCGGCAUUCUGCAUGUUCCAUUGCGAUGUUUCGAGUUCUCACUAACUAG